GGUUUUUCCCAUCUUAAUUCACUUCCCAGAACUGAAGAAGGAAACGCGAGUUUAGCGGUUCCGGUUAGGGUAGCCGAUGGAGGUCCACUGCAGCCACCUGGCGUUUGCCUGUAAAAUCGGCAUCAUCGGAGGGUCUGGUCUUGACGACCCGGACAUUUUGGAAGGACGGACCGAGAAGCAUGUCGACACGCCUUUCGGGAAGCCUUCAGAUGUGCUCAUACUGGGGAAGAUUAAAAACGUCGAAUGUGUACUGCUGGCAAGGCACGGCAGGCAGCACACGAUAAUGCCUUCCAACGUGAACUACAGAGCCAACAUCUGGGCACUGAAAGACGAGGGCUGCACGCAUCUUUUGGUCACUACCGCCUGUGGCUCCCUCCGGGAGGAGAUCCAGCCUGGUCACAUUGUGUUGGUCGACCAGUUUAUCGACAGAACCACGAAAAGGAUUCAGACCUUCUAUGAUGGAAGCCCCACAAGCCCCCCUGGGGUGUGCCACAUUCCUAUGGCCGUCCCCUUCUGCAGUAGGACCAGGCAGGUCCUUCUGGAGGUGGCACGGGACCUGGAGGUGAAGUGUCACCCCCAAGGGACUAUGGUGUCCAUCGAGGGGCCCCGCUUCUCCUCCCGUGCCGAGAGUCUGAUGCUCCGCCAGUGGGGUGCUGACGUCAUCAACAUGACCACCGUGCCGGAGGUGGUCCUGGCCAAUGAAGCCGGUCUGUGCUACGCUAGUAUUGCCAUGGCGACGGACUACGAUUGCUGGAAGGAGCACGAGGAGGCGGUCUGUGUGGACAACGUGCUGAAGACCAUGAAGGAGAACGCAAGCAAAGCCAGCAGCAUCCUGCUCUCCGCCAUCCCCCUCAUAUCUAUGAUGGAUUGGUCCGGGAUUAUUGACUGCAAGCGGUCCACAGCUCAAGCUUCCAUAAUGCUUCCGAAGCAAUAAGGACGAUGCGCCGUCACGUGGCCUGCAGACCCCAACCAUGGCCGCGCGCCGCUUUACCGAUUAGAAGAAGUAUUGCCGUUUUGUCUGCACGUCUGUCUGCUUGUUUCCUGCCUCUCAGAUCAACGAUUUUGUUACUUUUAAGUAUAGUAUUCAUUAGAAAUGUUACGGAGCCCCUGAAGGGAAUUUUGCGUAAAGCACGUCGUGGGUGCGAGUUUUUUUGCACGGGUACCCUCAGGGGCGCCGUAAAAUGUAGUAUUGAAGAUGCUGCCUUGAUUUUUUUUAUAUACAUAAACACGUACGUUAUUGCUUAAAUGAUGCAUGGUAACCACUGUACCAUUAUCCUGGCACUGACACAGAGGGAAUGGUUUAAACGCGUAUUAGCUAGAAUGAGCCGUUUACCCCGUGCUGCUGAUUUAACAUUAGGAACAAAGUCGGAGAAACGGCUCUUCGUUUUUGUGUUUUUGCCAGGUUUUGAUUGACGGCUCGCAAUUCCAGUUUUACAGUAGAUACUUCCGAGGCACUCCCUUAGGACUGAGCAUCUGACUUGAAUGUGCAUUAAUAACAAACGCUUUGUACGGCAACUAAUUAUAACGAAUAAAACUCACUUUGCAUAA